AUGGAUACUACCAGUACCUUGAUUCCAGAAAUCCAGAAACUUCGCAAAGGCGAAGCUUGCAUGUACUGCAGACGUCGCAAGAUGAAAUGCGACGGUGCACGACCCAUUUGCGGCCAAUGCAUGCGAGGCGACAGGGCCGAAGACUGCGAAUACGCUGCCAAUUCCAGUUACUCGAGAACACAAGGCCUCGAAGACACCAUUGCUAGGAUGGAAGCACGUAUCCGCGAACUCGAGAAUCCGGACAAUGGGCAGGGUGCUAAGCUUGUCUUGCGCAACCCAUAUUUUGCAAAUGAGUUCCAGCAGCUCCCUAGCAGCGACCUUCCCGUUAGUUCGCAUGUUGCCCCAAAUGCGCAACAAGCAGCCUCGUCCAACCUCUGGUGGAUCUUGGAUGAACCGCCGAUGCAUAUGAGAGAUAAUUUCAUCGAUAGAUUCCUACAGUCUGCCGUAGAGAUCGGCUUCUUCUUGAACACGAACAGAUUCAGGCAAAGCUCACUCAGAGACCUACCACAUGGGCAUCAUGAAAGACCCCAUCCCGUUCUUCUGUCUGCAGCUUACCUUUGGGGCAUACAUCUGACCGGCGAACCUUAUACACAGCAUGAGGAUGCUAUACUUACCAGAGCGCUAUCUCAGCUGACCGGGUCUUUAUCAAGUACCCACCCCCAAAGGAUCAUGCAUACCAUCCAAGCCAAAGUUCUCCUUAUCCAUUACCUCUACGCGAACGGCCGUCUCUUGGAAGGCAAAUACCAUACUAGCUCGGUCGUCGGUCUCGCCCUAGCGGCUCGCCUGAACAAGGUCCGUAGCAGCGAAGUGAUCGAUGGGAAUCCCCUUCCCGCUCCUGUUGAUUCGGUUGAAGAAGGUGAACGGAUCCGUGCGUGCUGGACCAUUUUCUCCUUGGAUAAAUGUUGGGCCGUGGCCUUCGAUUCCCCACCAAACACCCACUGCCCCGCUGAGAUGGCGGGUCAACAACUUGAUACACCAUGGCCACUAGAAAUGGCUGAAUACGAACAAGUGAGUGCAUUCUCUAACAGAACAAGCUACACCUUGCAGAACUUCCUUAACGAAGUUCCAGCCUCCGACUCUGGUGACUCUGCGUUAGGGUUCCUGGCCAAAGGGGCAAUUCUGUGGGAAUUAUCUACCAAGAUUUUCCAUCAGUUCAGAGCCGCGUCUGGGCAAACACUUGCGACGCACAUUGAUACAUUUAAACGUCUCGAUCGUCUCAUUGAUCAAGUCAUCGCCUCCAUCGAAAGAGCGUCCUUGGGGCGCAAGGAAUACAUCUUGCCUCGCUGCAUCGCGAGCGCUGCGGCCAUUCGCCUGCAUUCUGGCUUGGCGAACGCAAACCCCUUGUCUCGAGGCAAAUGUUUAAUAGCGGCCGAAGCGAUUGUGCUGUCACUUAACUCCAUUCCAGACUUAGACUCGGCGUACGCCAACCCAAUCAUAGCAUCCGCGUGGACAGCGGCUUCGCAAGUCAUCUCCAGCGAGGUCACUUUAUGGCGUUCGGUAGUUGACACCGUUGGUACGCAUGAAGUCGAGAGGGCUGAGCGUGACCUCAAGCGUAUCUUUAACGCCGGCCUGAAUGUAAUGACCGUCUUGGCGGAGCGUUCUCAACUUAUUCGUUACCAAGAGGAAUUGACUCAACAGAGUUAUAUCGCACUAUUUGGGUUGUAA